AUGAUUUCAACAUCUAGAAUCCUGGGAAUUGCUUUUCUCUUUCAAAUUGGGCUUAGUAUCAUGGGGAAUGCCAUUCUCUUUGUAGGCUACACUUACAUCUUCAUUGCGAAUCCCAAGCAAAGGCCCAUGUGUCUAAUAGUAACCCACUUGUCGGUGGUCCACCUGUUAUUAGUCUGUACCGCAGGAGUCCCUGGAGUGGCAGUUCUCAUCAAUGAUAUUAUGUGUAAGAUAAAUACUUAUCUGCACAGAGUGUCGCGUGCCCUCUCCAUCUGCUUGACAAGCCUCUUAAGCAUUCUUCAGACCAUCACCAUUAGCCCUGCAAGUUCCUACUGGGCAGUAUUCAAAACCAAAAACUUAUUGUACAUCAUUUAUUCCUUCUUCUUUGUUUGGAUCCUUAAUCUACUUAUAUGUUCAAACAUGAUUAUCUCAAUGACAGCCCCCAAGAGUGGUAAUAUAUCCAAAGUCAUUGCCAAAUCUUGUUUUAUUUUGUCAAUGAAUGAUUUCAUUAAAUGGUUUUUUCUCAUGUUCUUGGUCCUGCGAGAUAUUACCUUCCUGGGUUCUAUGGGCUGGACCAGUGGGUACAUGACUCUCCACCUCUACAGACACCACAAGCGAACACAGCACCUUCGCAGGUCAACCACACCUUUUAAAAUGAACCAUGAGAUGAGAGCAACUAAAAAGAUCAUUAUUUUAACUCUGUGCUUCAUCUCUUUGUAUGGGAUUAAUAUGAUUCUUUCCAUUAAUAUAGGGUACUUUUCAAAAACUGAACCUGUGAUUUUGCAGAUUGAGCAGUUAGUUGCGGCGAGCUUUGCUUUACUAAGCCCUGUAGUGUUUCUCAGCAACAACAGCCAACUUCACAUAUUUUGGGCAUCUGUCUUUGAGAAAAUAAGGAAUUUACAAAAUAGAGGAACAAAUGCCAUGCAAAUGCCAUGCAAAUGCUGA